UGUGUGUUUUAAAUAAAUAAACAGCAACUACGUUUUCUUGGAAAGAGUAAGGCUAUUGUGAUAGCGACAGUGAAAACAUUAAAACAGGAGGAAGUAAACUUUUGAGGAAAAAUGAAAACAUCUGUUGUGUUAGAAACUGCCAUACAAUCAUUAUUUCUCACCUCUCAUGUUUUCGGAGCACCCAAUGUUAGAGAUAGCAAUACGACAUUACAUAUCCUGGAAGAGGGAAGUUCAUUUGUUUGUAAAACAUCCCAGAAGUACUUUAACUUAUCAACAUUUGACUUUGAUCCUCGCAGCGUACUCUUUGAUGAUACCGCAUGCCUCAGUAUGCAAAUGUUCAAGGAAAUGGGAUUUGUUAAACAUUUUCACAUUCCUCCAGAAAACCUUUACAGGUUCAUCCUAAGAGCACAGGAAGGUUAUAGAAAUAUUCCCUACCACAAUUGGGACCAUGGAUUUGCAGUGCUCCAUUUUACAUAUGCAGUCUUAAAAAGCUGCAAUCAUACUCAAAAUAAUUGUUUUACGUUGCUGGAAGGACUGGCACUGCUUACUGCAGCUAUGUGUCAUGAUCUAGACCACCCUGGGACCACCAGCCAAUACCAGGAGGCCAUCAACAGUGAUAUAGCACAGAAGUACCGAGGGCUGGGCAGUAUCUUGGAGAGACAUCAUAUUGAAAAAACGUUGAGCAUCUUUGAACAUCCAGGGACCAACUUUAUUGCACAACUAUCCGAGACUGAACAUAAAGAAUUCAUAGAUCUCGUUAGACGAAUUAUCCUCGCAACAGACCUAAAGAAACAUUUCCAAGUUUUAUUGGAAGAGCAGACAAUGGCGAGUGAAGGUUAUAACAGAACUAACGCAAGACAUAGAGAAUUGUUACGAUCAGUCGUCAUCAGCUCGGCGGAUCUGAGUGAUCUGACAAAGGGACGGAGAACUGUGAGAAAAUCUGCUAAACUAGUCAACAUGGAGUUUUUUGACCAAGGAGAUAAAGAAAAGGCGAUGGGACUAUUGCCUCUAAAAAUGAUGGAUAGAACACACACCAACAUAGCAGAAGAACAGGCUAAAUUCAUCUCCAAAGUGGUCAUGCCUGUUUAUCGGGUACUUGCAGCAUUGUGUCCUGAAGUCCAAGGUUGUAUAAAUAAAUUGGAAAACAAUUUACAGUUUUGGCAAAAUGCUAUGUCCUACUUUGAAGAGCAAUCAAACAGAAACCGAAGCCAGUUAGAAAUACUCGAAGAUGUUGAACUUGAUAAAAUCUCUCUCUUCAGAAAGAAUAAAGAUUAAGAACCCAGUGAUUAUGGUUACUAGAAUUUGAGGCACCAAAACUAAGGGAACUCAAGUUUCUUGUCUCCAUCCACCAUCCCCCACCCUCAAACAAAAAGUAAAAUAGU